UCACGACCAAGCAAUGCUGGCGCAAGGCCGCAGGCAAACUCCACGAUGUUUGCUGGUUUCACACCGCGCUCAGUGGUAGCGCACCCUCCGCCGCAGGUGUCUGCUGCACCGGCUAUGUACCCACAAGCCACUGUGAGCGCUCCCUACCAAGCUUCCGCGUACCCGACCAGCAAUACUUACAACAGCUACUCAUAUCCAGCCUAUGCUGCAGGUGCCCCAGCCGCGUCAUACCCGUCUGCCGCCGCUACGAUGAACCGCGGUGCUGGUGGCACAUACGACCCUGAAGAAGAGGCACGCAUAGCUGAGUGGAACAGCGCAUACCACAGAGACGACGCAAACAUCAAGAAGAGCGGAAACGCGAAUGUUGGUACCGCCCAAGCUUCAGCAACAGAUGCCGACGCUGGAACCACUGCAGACGGCAAGAAGAAGACGGUCAUUCGAGAAGGUGGCGGCAAGCACUGGGAGGAUGAGACUUUGCUCGAGUGGAAUCCACUGCACCCACGACUGUUUAUUGGUAACUUGGCUGGCGAAGUCACAGAUGAUUCACUCUUAAAGGCAUUUUCGAAAUACCCCUCCUUGUCGAAAGCCCGCGUCGUGCGCGACAAGCGCUCAACGAAGAGCAAAAGUUAUGGCUUCGUGAGCUUCGCCGAUACCGAUGACUACUUCCGCGCAGCCAAGGAGAUGAACGGCAAGUACAUCGGUAGCCACCCUGUGUUGAUCAAGCGAGCGACGUCGGAAGUCAAGGCUGUAACGAAGAAGGAUGACAAGCAUGGAAAAUACGGGCAGAACAACAAGAACAACAAGAACAAGAACAGCGGCGGGAACAAGACGAGCACGGUCACUGCUGCGCCUGCGAUGACAGCCACGCUGCCGUUCAUCCCGCGAGGAGUACAGAAGAAGGGCAAGCAGAGCGGCCCAAGGGUCCUUGGCUGAGCAGAAGGCAUAUUUCGGAGAAGGCCCUACGAAAUGCUACCUUGAAUGGCACUGAAGACACGACCGAACCACUUCCUUGGUUGAGCUCGCCGAGGACGAAAGGAAGGACGAAAUGGUUCAAGUCAGGAGGUCGGCCCGUGCUUUCAGCAACGAGCCGCGACGUCUUUUCUAGCUUGGAGAUGUGCCAGAGGUACUUGCGUACACGUCAGCCGGUGUGUGAUGGAGUCAAAUAAGGUUCGAAAUACCCUAAUGCAAUCACAAUUUAUACCAUAAUUAC